AUGUCAAAUUAAUAAGAUCAAUUCGGAGGAAUAGAAUAAUAAGCAUUUGAAGUCUUAGAAAGAGAAUUUCAAGAAGUUUUGAAUGAUUUAGCUGCUGAUUAGAGCUUAGAUCGUUUCAGAUAGGAGUUUGAAAAGUUUCAUAGAGCUUUGAAAGUUUCACAAGAAAAUGAAAAGCGUCUGUUGGCUAAAUGCAGGGAAUAUACAAGUGAUAUAGGAGCUCAUACAGCUAAUUUGUAAGGAGCUCUCAAAAUGACCCAAGAGGAUAAUACAACAAUUGCUCAUUUGAAGAGUGAAUUAGAAAAGACAUACAAAAUUCUUGAGCUUUCAAAGGAUAGAGAAGAAAAGAGCAAACAGAAGAUUGAAAAUUUAGAUUUGGAAAUUAAAAAUUUGAAUUAAUUGAUAGAAAGAAGCUCAGCUGCUAACAGCGGUUAAACAACAACAGUAGCAGAUCUUUUAACUGCUAAAGAAGAAUUGACUAAGGGAAACAGACUUCUUGAGGAGUAAAUCAAGGAUGCAAAAAGCUAGUUAGAAUUUUUAGAAAAAAGUAUUGCAAUCGCUGAAGAUGCCAAAUUAAAAAACCAAGAGGCCUAUUAAAAUUUGCAAAAUGAAAAGCAAGAUUAAGAAUAAAAAAUGAAUGUACAUGAUGAAAAGAAAAAAUCUUUGUAAAAACAAUAGGAAGAUUAUAAGAACAAUAACGACUAAGUCAAAUAAAAGAUAAAAACCCUCACUAAUAAUAAAGUAAAAUUGACCAAAGAAAUCGAUGAAAACAAGAAGGUUGCCAACUUGCAAGAUUAAGAAAUAAAGGAAUUCAAAAGCAAAAUCAUGAAAUUAGAAGUUUAAAUUGAAGAAAUCAAGAGUCGUAAAGGAACUUUAGAAAAAGAGUUAGAAGAAAGAGAAAUUAAUUUAGAAGUUAUAAAACAAAAAAUUGAUCAAGAUGAAAAAAUCAUUAAGUAUGAGCUCAAGUUUAUUUAAGAAAAAAUGGCCAAAAAAAGGCAACUUUUAUCUGAGAUUGAAAAUCUUGAUACAAUAAAAGUUGAAGCAGAAAUAAUUAAAAACUUGACCGAGCAAGGUAUAAAUUAUCUUGAGUCUGAAAUCAAGGAAGAUAAAAAACUUGCUUCUGAGGGCAGAAGCAUUCUUGAGGAGCUUAGAAGAAACAGAGAUAUUCUCCAAAAGGAAAUUGACAGAGCUGAUAACAACAACAAGAAGUAAGAAGAGGAGCUCAUUUAGAAAGAAAAAAUAGUCAAAGAGAAGAAAAACGAGCUAUCUGGUAUGAAUAAAGAGAUGGAUAAAUUCAAUUAUCAUAUUGCAUAACUCAAAAAAGAAAAGGAAAAAUAUGCAGUUCAAGCUGCUGCUGCUAAUGCAAAGUACUUCCAUGCUUUAGAAGAAAUAAAAUUGAAAGAUAAUUUAAUUUCUGAAUUCCAAAAGAAGAACAUCGAAACAUAAGCUAAGCUUAAGUAAUAAUAGAAUUUAUAUGAAACAGUCCGUUAAGAGAGAAAUCUCUAUUCUAAAAAUUUGACUGAAACUCUUGAGGAUUUAGAAGAAAUUAAGAGAAAGUAAAAGAUAGUUAACCAUCAAAUCUCUUAGUUAAAGGAAGAAAUCGAUUCCAAACAAAAGAAACUUUUAUAAGAACAUAUUAAUCAUAAGAAAAAAGAUGAUAUUAGCAAGGAGCACACAGCUUAAAGCUAAAAAUAUAAAAAGGAAAUCAAUGAGAAAGAAUAAAAAAUUAAGGCAUUCUAGCAAGACAUUGCAAAGCUAAGAUUUAUGAUUCAAGAAUCAGAACAACAAAGAUAAAAGCUGCAUGAAGAAUAUGAAUUGGUUGUCGCUGAAAGAGAUAUUUUGGGAACUCAACUUAUCAGAAGAAAUGCAGAAGCUGCUCUUUUAUAUGAAAAGAUUAAAAUCAAUUAAUCCACAUUGAAGAAAGGUGAAAUAUAGUAUUAAGAGAGAUUAGGUGAUAUAAUUGUUUGGAAAAGCAAAAUUGCAGACUUGAUCAACUAAAUCAAAGAAUUUAAGGCUUAAGCUAAUUCUAUCGAUGAUAUGAAGAGAGAAAUUCAUAAUCUUUCAAAGGAGCUCAUCGAAGAGAAGCUUAAAGUCAAAGCUCUUUCUGAGGAAAUUUAAAAUCCCAUGAAUGUUCACAGAUGGAGAAAGUUGGAAGCAACUGAUUCUGAAACCUAUGAGUUGAUGACUAAAAUAUAAUCUCUUCAAAAGAGACUAAUCUUAAAAACAGAAGAUGUUAUAGUAAAAGAAAAAGUCGUUCUCAAUAAAGAAACAGAGCUAAAGAAGCUGAAAUAAGAAAUGAAAAGACAGCCAGGAGCUGAAGAAGAAAAAUUAAUCCCAGUUUAUUAGGAAUCACUUAAAGAAAAAACAAAGCAAAUGAGAGCUAUGAAUGGAGAAUUGACAAUGUACUAAAGUCAUCUUGCAGAAUAUAAACUUGAAAUUGAUCGUCUCACAAAAGAUUUGUAGGAUUCUAAAAAGAAAUUCUAUGAACAGAAGAAAAGAGAACAAUAAUAAUACGAAGCAUAACAAACUUAGUAAAAAGCUAUGGCAAUACAAAUCAACUUACCAGAUAAAAGAUUCACCGGUGGUGGUUUUAACUUAGCUAUCUAUAACUGA